AUGGGUGCUGCUAACCUCAACCAAGGCGAAAUCCAGAAGAAGCCCGUCAGCUUCAGCAACAUUCUGCUGGGAGCCGGUCUCAACAUGUUUGAGGUCACUACUUUAGGACAGCCUCUUGAGGUGGUCAAGACCACAAUGGCCGCCAACCGUGGCGACACCAUGAUGCAGGCCAUCGGCCGAGUCUGGUCUCGAGGAGGAAUCUUUGGAUUCUACCAGGGUCUCAUUCCUUGGGCAUGGAUCGAGGCCUCCACCAAGGGUGCUGUUCUGCUGUUUGUCUCUUCCGAGGCUGAGUAUAUCUCCAAGAAGAGCUUUGGCAUGGGCAACUUUGCCGCCGGUAUCACUGGAGGCAUUUCCGGUGGUCUGGUCCAGGCUUACCUGACCAUGGGUUUCUGCACCUGUAUGAAGACCGUCGAGAUCACGCGGUCCAAACAGGCUGCUUCUGGAGUCACUCCUCCUAGCUCCAUCCAGGUGUUCAAGGAGAUCUUCCGAAAGGAAGGUAUCCGAGGUAUCAACAAGGGUGUCAACGCCGUGGCCAUCCGACAGAUGACUAACUGGGGUUCUCGAUUUGGUUUCUCCCGACUCGCCGAGGAGGGUAUUCGAAAGAUCACCAAGAACGACGACCGGCCUCUGAACGCCUUUGAGAAGAUUGCUGCCUCCACCGUUGGUGGUGGUCUGUCCGCAUGGAACCAGCCCAUCGAGGUCAUUCGAGUCGAGAUGCAGUCCAAGACCGUGGAUCCUAACCGGCCCAAGAACCUGUCGGUAUGGACUGCGUUCAAGUAUAUCUACCAGCAGAACGGUAUUAAGGGACUAUAUCGAGGUGUGACCCCCCGAAUCGGUCUGGGUAUCUGGCAGACCGUUUGCAUGGUCGGUCUCGGAGACAUUGCCAAGGAUUGGGUUGCCAAGGUUACUGGUGAGCGACCUGUUGGUAAGCACUAG